GUGUCCUGGGGCUUCUCAUCGAAGGGUUGCUCUGGAGAGAAGGAAAACAAGCAAGUUUCAAGCAGAAGCAGAGGGUGAGAGUGGUCUCGGUGGGACGGAACAGCCCAGCAGUUUAUCUCCGGACACAGAUCAGGGAAUAGUGCCAGCUGAGCAGAGCUUCACCUCGCCCGCCCUUCCCGCCUGGACAGACGAGCCCGGCAUCGACAAUCCGCCUUUUGAGGAGAACACAGUAGCAGACACAAAUCAACAACCACCUACCUUGCCUGAAGGAGAGAUCACUACUAUUGAAAUUCAUCGGUCCAAUCCUUAUAUCGAAUUAGGAAUUAGCAUAGUGGGUGGCAAUGAAACACCUUUGAUCAACAUUGUCAUUCAAGAGGUUUAUCGAGAUGGGAUCAUUGCCAGAGAUGGAAGACUUCUUGCUGGAGACCAAAUACUUCAAGUCAAUAGCUUUGACAUAAGCAAUGUGUCUCACAACCAUGCUCGAGCUGUGCUGUCCCAGCCCUGCUCGGUGCUGCACCUCACGGUGCUGCGGGAGCGGCGGUUCGGCAGCCGCAUGCACACCCACGUGGACACCCCCAGCUCCUUGCGGGAGGACAGCUUUCAGGUGACCCUGCACAAGCGCGACUCCAGCGAGCAGCUUGGCAUCAAGCUCGUGCGCAGAACAGAUGAGCCAGGAGUUUUUAUUCUUGACCUUUUGGAAGGGGGGCUGGCUGCUCAGGACGGCAGGCUCUGCAGCAAUGACCGUGUACUUGCAAUUAAUGGACAUGACUUGAAGCAUGGGACACCAGAGCUUGCUGCUCAGGUUAUACAGGCUAGUGGGGAGAGAGUGAAUUUGAUCAUCUCUAGACCCCUGAAGUCACAGACCGUCAGUAUUAUCCGAGACACUGGGACACACAACAACAAUUCACACCACCAGUCCCAGCAGCUGUUUCACAGCAGACCUAACUCACAUAAGGAUCUCUCCCAGUGUGUUACAUGCCAAGAAAAGCACAUUACUGUGAAAAAAGAGCCACAUGAAUCUCUGGGAAUGACAGUGGCAGGAGGCAGAGGCAGCAAAAGUGGUGAACUUCCCAUCUUUGUGACAAGUGUGCAGCCUCACGGGUGUUUGGCAAGAGACGGCAGGAUUAAACGAGGUGAUGUGCUGCUGAACAUCAAUGGCAUUGAUUUGACUAACCUGAGUCACAGUGAGGCAGUGGCCAUGCUGAAAGCUAGUGCUGCCUCCUCCGUAGUCGCUCUGAAAGCCCUGGAAGUCCAGAUUGUAGAAGAACAGCCCCAAGCUAAUGAAGAACAAUUGAGUACCAUCAGUGAAAAUGAAUACGAUGCCAGCUGGUCACCGUCGUGGGUCAUGUGGCUGGGACUUCCAAGCUGCCUGCAUAGCUGCCAUGACGUAGUGCUGCGGCGGAGCAAUUUAGGGAGCUGGGGUUUCAGCAUCGUCGGUGGCUACGAGGAGAACCACACAAACCAGCCUUUCUUCAUUAAAACCAUUGUUCUGGGAACUCCUGCCUACUUUGAUGGAAGAUUAAAGUGUGGUGAUAUGAUUGUUGCUGUAAACGGACUAUCCACGGUUGGAAUGAGCCAUUCUGCACUCGUUCCUAUGCUGAAGGAGCAGAGGAACAAAGUGACUUUAACCGUGAUUUGCUGGCCUGGAAGCCUCAUAUAGAUUUGUGAAUCACUUCGGUUCAAGCAGCAUCUUUUUCUAGAUAGCUGGCACAAAAAUCUCCUCUAUCUUUUUUUCCUUAUUGAUACAGCUGGUUAUAAGCAGGGCCAAAACUGCUGUAUUUUCUUUUUUUUUUUAACAGGCCUCUCAGACUUUAUAUAUUUUUCCAUCCUGAAAUAGCUGUUUCUGUUUGCUAUGUCUAUUGCUGACGCAAAUGCAAAUAUACAUGAGCCCA